UGGCGCUUGUCAAGGAUACGUGCUCAUCUUAUCGAUAACACCCCAUACUCAACUCGCCGUCCCCGCAUUGCGCCACCGGUAAUACACGAGCACAACAUCAACAAAACCGCCUUCGCUCUUAUUUCCAGAAAUCAAUAAACCAAACCAUGGCAGACGAAAAAACCUGGCCGCCCGCCAACGGUCUCACCACCAAAGUUAUCCCGCGCGAAAAAGCAAUCGUCGAGCUCUCCUACUCAACCCCCGUGCAUGCGCCCGCCCAUCUCGUCUUCGACACCCUCCUCCGCACCGGAAACUGGUCUGCUUGGAACACGUGGGUACCGCGUGCAGACAUUUCUCAUCCUCCUUCUACUAGCUCGGGGGCUACCAACAGCACAAAAGAAGAUGAUGAGUCCCACCUACGCGUCGGCACCGAAAUGGACUUCAACGUAAUCAUGGACGCCUCGAAGCCCGAUUCCAUCACGCAUACCUACCUCAAAGUCUCGGAUAUCUCGACGCCUGAUGCGCCAUCGUCGUAUCUUUCAGCCGAAGAGCUGGCGGAUCCGAGUUUCACGGCUGAUCUGAGCAAGGUGUAUCGGGUUGCGUGGACGAGUAAUGGGGGAAGGAUGGGGUUGAUGCCCCAGAUUGAGCGGUUUCACGAGGUCAUUGUUACGGGGGAUGACACGUGUGAGGUGAGGAAUUGGGAGUUGAUGGGGGGCAUGGUGGCGAGGCUUGUGAAGCUGUUUAUGAUGGAGACGUUGCAGGAGAAGGUGAGGCUUUGGUGUGGGGAUUUGAAGAAGUAUUGUGAGAAGGUUAGUGCAGAGGGUAAGGGGGCCGCUGAGGCUGGGAACUGAAAUUGUUUGUGUAAUAAUCAGCGUACUAUAGUGUGGAAACAAGAAGUUAGGGACUAUUAGAUUGUUCUUCAUCAC